AUGAGUAAAGCUCCAGAAGAGUACAUUCUGGCCAAACCAGGUGAUGACUCUACGUCAAAUUCCAAACCUCGUGAAUUGGCGUCUCCCAUGCAAGCAGUAACCAGAAAUGAUGACUUACAAAACUAUUAUUAUACACGUCAUCCACAAAAUUAUCCUAUUCCAAAUACUGCACCACCAUUAGAUCGAAGGCUAAGCUCGAGCAGGCACUCAAGAUCACAUUCUCAUAAUUCGGAUCAAAAACAUCCAAAACACCGCUUGUUCCAUCCCGUGAAUCACAAUGCUUAUCUGCAAUAUCCUACAUAUCCCAUGAAUGUAUCGUCCCCGAAGCCUUCAUCGGCACCACCACCUUCUCCUCAAAUGAGGCGACAACAGCAAGCUGGUUCUAACAGAAAUCCUUGGCAGCAUCAGAGUAAGCCGAGUGAUUCACAACCAAACUGGACAACUUUGAUCCCACCGUUAUCUGAUACUCCAAGGGAGUCGAAUCCAGUGUUUCUAAAUCAGCAACCACAACCUCAGCAACUAAUAGAUGCAGGUUCAAAUAAUGGCCACCACACCCCAGAAAUGCAGAGGCAAAAGUCUCGUAGAGAUGGAUCAUCUCACAGAUCAAACCUCGAUCCUUCUCAAAGGCAUUCUAUUGCUAUAUCACCAACUCCUGAAAAACAAGAAGCAGCAGAAGAAGAAAAAAGACUUAAUAAUGAUCCUUUACCGAAACCACAGGCAACUAUUUCCAGUAGAUCCAAAACAAAGAAAAAGAGCCGAAAAGUGUGCCAGAAAUGUGGACUUGAAAUCACUGGUCAGUUUGUCCGUGCUCUUCAAAGUGCAUACCAUGUUGAUUGCUUUACAUGUCACGAAUGUGGUAAACAAUGUUCAGCUAAAUUUUUCCCUUUUGAGCUUAGACAAGACGGCAAAUCAACACAAGUUGCUCUUUGUGAAUAUGAUUACUUUAAAAAGCUUGAAUUAAUUUGUUUUAGUUGCAAUAAUGCAUUACGAGGGCCCUAUAUUACUGCGUUGGGUAACAAGUACCAUUUGGAACAUUUCAAAUGCUCAGUUUGUCAACACGUUUUUGAUUCAGAUGAAAGCUAUUUCGAACAUGAAAACGAUAUAUUUUGCCAUUUCCACUAUUCAAAGUUGUAUGCCUCACAUUGCGAAGGGUGCCAGUCAUCGAUUUUGAAACAAUUUGUCGAAUUGUAUCGAGGUGGAAGGACCCAACAUUGGCAUCCGGAAUGUUUUAUGGUGCACAAGUUCUGGAAUGUCUGCAUUACUGCUGACUCUGUUGGCUUACAGAGAACAUAUGGUUUACCUGAUGAGAAGCUAGCAGACUUGAGAGCGAUCAAGAUGUCGGAUACAAGCCUCAACUCGGAAAGACUAGUGGGUAUUGAACAGCAUAUUGAACAAGUGGUUAUGAACUGUUGGCUAAUGUUAUCUGGAUAUAAACAAAGUGCAGCCGCCUGUAUCUCCGAUAUGCUUCUCAAUGCGUGUACUGGAAACAAAUAUAAUGGUUUGAUAGUCACUGGGAAGUUGAUAUUGAGUAUUGAGAUUUUAUUUCAUGCAUUGGAUUAUGUAUUACAGGAAUGCAAAGUUGCGGCAUCUACACUCGUGGUGAAAAACGAGCUGUCUGAACAAGAAAAUCUGGAUUCUUCAACAAUCGAAAAUGAAUAUUUCCAAUUCUUGAAGAAGGAGCCAAGAAACAUUACCGGAAAAGUUAUGAGCUACUUGGCUAUAUUACGAAAAUCAGCAAGUAUAUCUAAAUCAGGUACUUUAUCAGCGGAGCUAUUAUCAGUUAUCACUGGAUCUGCUCAUUAUUUGAAGCUUUUGAUACGAAUUGGGUUGUACAAUGCCUUAAAGUUGAAUAAGUUGAAUGGUACCACUGAUGCAUUGGACCAAUUCUUGAAUCUAGUAUCUAGGUAUGAAGCUAUUGAGUCUAACAAGCUCGAAACUGCCGAAGGUUUAGAGGUAUUUAAAGCGAAAUUGGCGGUCCCACAGAGCUCAACUGAUGCUUGCACAUCUUGUUCCAAAAGCAUCGAAAAAUCAUGUGUCAAACUUGGCGAUCAUAGGUGGCACUGGAAAUGUUUUGUUUGUGCAAAGUGUCAUCAACGAAUUGAUCAGUCUGAAGUAAACCAGACCCGUUUUGAUAUCGCACGUCAGUCCAUCAUUUGCGCACGUUGCUAUGAUGGAUGUGGGAUUAUGGGAUUUGAAAUUGUAACCGAUUUAUCCCAGUUGGUAUAUCUUUUGAAAAUCGCUUUAUUACGGUCAAGAUCAGUUAUGAAUAUCGAUUUUGAUAACCCUACAAUAUCUCCGAGACAAGAGUCGGAGCUUUUGCAAACUCCAGACAAGCAACAUGAACAAGAUGAUUAUAGCAAAACUUUGGAUGAUGUAACAAGACUAAGAAGUAAAAGACAAAGCCAGAAAUUGUCGCAAUCGGUUAAAAAGAAGGCGAGAAAGUCGGUAAUCAUAACUGCCCCAGAGGGUGAUCAAGCUCAUCAGGAUGAAGUCGAUACGUCAAAAUUGGGCGAAGGCAAUCUUGCAGCAAAUUUGGGAGAAUUGGCUCUUCAAGCACAACCGCCUCAAUUUGGAAGAAAAACCAGUAGUGGAUCACAACUCUCGUUUGAUGGUAGAGAAGAUUUAUCAGUGAAGAAACAACUACAAAUUAGAGAUGAACCUCAACGACAAAUGACAGCCACACAUCUCGAUCGUACAUCUGAUUUAUUGAAGAAUGAGAAGUCACUAACUUUGGACGAUAUACCUAGAAUUGUUGCUGCUGAGCAGGCCCGUGACCAAAGGCCCAAUGCAUUCAAGCACCAAAGCAAGCUAUACCAAAGAACCGGAUCUCACAAACUAAAAGGUAGUGGACACAGCCCCAUACAAACAACUCCAAGUAGUGCAUUGGACCACAUAUUGAAUACUACAGCACCCGGAAAUGAUCUUCCAACUUUUGAUAAACAAAAGUUUUAUUCAGAAUUGACCAAACGCGAGCACUUCAUUAUGAGACAUAUUGCCAUCGCCCUUUUAUGUCUGAUGGAUCACGAAAAAUACAACAAGGAUGAACUCAUAACGAUGAUUCAAUUGAAAAAGCCACCUACGUUUUGGGAGAAAUUGAAAUUUGGCGCCGGUGGUACAUCAAAAGAUAAAGUCAAUGCAGUGUUUGGAUCUGAAUUGAGCAUAUUGACAAAGAAAUAUGGAGUUGAUUCUGAUCUUGGUGUUGGACCUUCCAAAUUGAGAAUUCCCAUUGUUGUUGAUGACGUUAUCAGUGCUUUGAAGCAAAAGGAUAUGUCAGUUGAAGGUAUUUUCAGAUUGAAUGGUAACAUCAAGAAACUUCGUGAGUUGACUGAACAAAUCAACAAAAGUCCUUAUAAAUCACCCGAUUUCAGUGCUCAUACCGCUGUUCAAUUAGCAGCAUUGAUGAAGAAAUGGUUACGUGAGUUGCCCACACCGCUAUUAACAUUCAACUAUUAUGAUUUAUGGAUUUCUUCUCAGAUGGAACAAACACCCGAAAUAAAGAAGAAGAUUCUACAGCUAACGUAUUGUCUACUACCCCGCGAUCACCGAAACCUACUUGAGGUAUUGCUAUACUUUUUCAGUUGGGUGGCUUCAUUUUCUGAAGUUGAUAAAGAUACUGGAUCCAAAAUGGAUGCCCAUAAUUUAGCCACAGUUUUAGCUCCAAAUAUCCUAAUUUCAAAGCAGUCACAGGGCCAAAAUGAACAAACUGGUGAUGCUUACUUUUUGGCUAUUGAAGUUGUAAAUCAGUUGAUUGAACAACAUGAAGAAUUGAGUAUCAUCCCACUGGAGUUGAUGAAGAUCUUUAGUGAAUGUGGGUUUGAAGGAAUUGAGAAGGACUUAUCGUCCAAGGAGAUCUUGAGUCAAAUUGAAACUGUUUUGAAAGAAGAACUAAAGUGA